CCCGGCUCUAUCUCGGUGCCCCAGGCAGAGGUCCCACGGUGUGAUCACUACAGCGUGUCCGGCCAUUUCCCAGUUGGGCCCAGCACGUGGAGCUGCCCCUGGCUCGUGGUCCCCAGUUCCACAGGAUGAGACUCCUCGGCAGACGCCACAUGCGCCUGCGCCUGGCUGUUGUGGGCAGCACCUUUGUGCUCUUCCUGUUCAUCAUGCAGAGGGAUGUGAGCAGCAGAGAACAGGACACAGAGAAACCCUGGCUGAAAUCCUUGGUGAACCAGAAGGAUCACAUGCUGGACCUCAUGUUGGGGGCUAUGAACAACCUAAGAGAUUCGAUGCCCAAGCUCCAGAUCAGGGCUCCAGAGCCCCAAGAGACACAGGUCUCCAAAAACCAGUCCUGCCUCCCUGGGUUCUACACCCCGGCUGAGCUGAAGCCCUUCUGGGAACGGCCGCCGCAGGACCCCAGCAGCCCUGGGGCAGAUGGGAAAGCAUUUCAGAAGAGUGAGUGGACCCCCUUGGAGACCCAAGAAAAGGAAAGGGGCUAUAAGAAGCACUGCUUCAAUGCCUUCGCCAGCGACCGCAUCUCCCUGCAGAGAGCCCUGGGGCCAGACACCCGGCCGCCUGAAUGUGUCGACCAGAAGUUCCGGCGCUGCCCCCCACUUCCUGCUACCAGCGUUGUCAUUGUGUUCCACAACGAGGCCUGGUCCACGCUGCUGCGAACGGUGUACAGUGUCCUACACACCACCCCUGCUAUCCUGCUGAAGGAGAUCAUACUGGUGGAUGAUGCCAGCACAGAGGAGUACUUGAAGGAGCACCUGGAGCAGUACGUGAAGCAGCUGCAGGUGGUGAGGGUGGUGCGGCAGCAGGAGCGGAAGGGGUUGAUCACUGCCCGGCUCCUGGGGGCCAGCGUGGCCCAGGCGGAGGUGCUCACCUUCCUGGAUGCCCACUGCGAGUGCUUCCACGGCUGGCUGGAACCCCUCCUGGCUCGGAUCGCCGAGGAUGAGACCGCAGUGGUGAGUCCGGACAUCGUCACCAUCAACCUUAACACGUUUGAGUUCUCCAAGCCUGUCCCGGGAGGCAGAGUUCAUAGCCGUGGGAACUUUGACUGGAGCCUGACCUUCGGCUGGGAGACUCUACCGCAGCAUGAGAAGCAGAGGCGCAAGGAUGAGACCUACCCCAUCAAAUCCCCGACGUUUGCUGGUGGCCUCUUCUCCAUCUCCAAGUCCUACUUUGAGCACAUCGGUACCUAUGAUAAUCAGAUGGAGAUCUGGGGAGGGGAGAACGUGGAAAUGUCCUUCCGGGUGUGGCAGUGUGGGGGCCAGCUGGAGAUCAUCCCCUGCUCUGUGGUGGGCCAUGUGUUCCGUACCAAGAGCCCCCACACCUUCCCCAAGGGCACCGAAGUCAUUACUCGCAACCAAGUUCGCCUGGCUGAGGUCUGGAUGGAUGACUACAAGGAGAUUUUCUACCGGAGAAAUCUGCAGGCAGCAAAGAUGGCCAAAGAGAAAUCCUUCGGUGACAUUUCGGAACGACUCCAGCUGAGGGAACAACUGCACUGCCACAACUUCUCCUGGUACCUGAACAACAUCUACCCAGAGAUGUUCAUUCCUGACCUGAAGCCCACCUUCUCUGGAGCUAUCAAGAACCUGGGCAUGGAUCAAUGCCUGGAUGUGGGAGAGAACAACCAUGGAGGGAAGCCACUCAUCAUGUACGUCUGCCACGGCCUGGGGGGCAACCAGUACUUUGAGUACACAAGCCAGAGGGAACUUCGCCACAACAUCGCGAAGCAGCUGUGUCUAUACGCCAGCGCCACCAGCCUGGGCCUUAGGAGCUGCCACUUCACUGGCAGGAACAGCCAAGUCUCCAAGGACGAGGAAUGGGAAUUGACCCAGGACCAGCUCUUCAGGAACACAGGAUCCGGCACCUGCCUGACAUCUGCGAACAAGACGCCGGCCAUGGCCCCCUGCAGCCCCAGUGACUCCCAACAGCACUGGCUCUUCGUCUAGGCCACAGGCAGCAGCAGCUGCGGAGGCCUGAAAUACUGAUUUCUAAAUUCAAUGAUUGUCAAGGCAGGACCUACCUACUCCUUGCAAUCACAUUAGGUCCGUUUUCUUUCCUCCACACUGAUGGCAGGCUUCAUCAGAACACAUAAUUCUUGGCCGGGAGCCUUCCUUCUGUCCUAGAAAUAGAGACUUCCAAAGUAGAGAUGGCGGCUGGGGAAGGGCCCAGGGCAGCGAUGCUGAACUCAAGAAAACAACAUCUGCAGCCACGUCCUGAAUCCCCAGUGGCCUAGAGCACCCACGGAAUCUAGUGGAAUAGUGUAUUCUGCCCGAGGGAUUAGGGUCUGCGAGUCUCCCUUGCUGAUAUUACCUGGAGAUUAAUUUACACUUUACCAGUUUACAGAAAGUGCCUUGACAGGAAUCCUUUAUCUCACUUCAUCUCCACAACAGAAAGAUAGAACUGAAAACCCAGUUUACAGAUAAGAAAACUGAGCCAGAGAGAGAUAAAGGGUUUGCUUAUCGUCCCACAGCUAGUGGAUGGCAGGAGCCAAGACGGAGGCCCAAGUUGCACACUGAGCCGGGGCUCCUUCCGCCACACCAGCAGAACACUAGACGCCAGCCGUCGCCUUCCCACCACCCUCGGCAUUCCUGGUUGGCUGGUCUCCAUAAAGCCUCAACAGUGGAGCCAGGGAGCCAGGCGGGAGACCACAUUUGGGACCUGGGGCUAUGGGAACGUGUGCUGAGCCGGAACCCCUUUCCACUGGCACACAUGUACUACGGAUGCGGACAGGGUAAGCUCCGGUGACAGCAGGGUGGGAAGCACAGUGCCCAGCGGCCCCCGAAAAGCCUGAAGGUCUGUGAGCACAAUUUGAAAACCGUUGCUUUAGUCCAUCGCUGUCUUUCACAUUAUGAAAGUGAGUGAAGUAAGAUCAGUGAAGUGAUCUGUCCAAGUGCCCACAGCAAGGAAUUGGCUGUCCCGAAACCAGGACGCAGCUCAGGCAAAGAAGAGCCUGGGAUGCCGGAGGGAGAAGGGACGCGGUGGCCUCUCCUGCUGUCUGCGCAAGGCGCCCGCGUGCUGCAAACCCCACAUGUUUGCCAGCUCCGCUCCAAGCAAGGUGGACCCCACCACACAGGGCUGCUGUGCCUGGAUCUGGGAACCAGCUGCCCAGGGGACUCCCACCCUUCCAGGAAGGCAUCUGGCUGCGGGAGCAGGUUGUCAUCCUGGGCGUCACCACACGAGGGGGCCAGGGGACCACAGCGGCCCUCUGUCCGCAGCAACACUGCUCUGCGCUGGCUCCCUGAGGGCCUGGGGCCCUGUAGCCAAAACAUCCUGGGGUAACCCCACGCCCGCCCCACAACAGGAGAGGAGGCAGCGACCAGGAUGGGUCCCAAAGCAAGAAAAGGAAAAGUUCUUUCCCAGAAAGAGAAGAACGUUGGACACAAAAGCCCAGUGGCAGUAAAUAAAGGUUUA